AUAUGUUGUGAAAUGCCGCGAGCGCUAACGUAGCUUCCACGUCGUAUCUCGCGAGACUUCCCCACUAGCUUCUCGCGAGAAUGAAGGGAGGCGGCUACCACGGAGAUGGAGCCGCCGCAGCGCGUGCCUACCGGGCUCCCCGCGAUACUGGCGCAGACAGACUGGUCUGAACCAUGGCUAUUGGGUCUUGCCGUUUUCCACAUCCUCUGCUUCCUGAUCACUUUCUUUUCAUUCCAGCGCUACCACCUGCAGAUAGGGCAUUUUCUCUGCAUGGUGGCCUUGGUGUAUUGUGCUGAAUAUAUCAAUGAACUGGCUGCUAUGAAUUGGAGGUUAUUUUCUAAAUACCAAUAUUUCGAUUCAAGAGGGAUGUUUAUUUCCCUAGUAUUUUCAGCUCCAUUGUUGUUGAAUGCUAUAAUAAUAGUGAUUACCUGGGUUUAUAAAACACUGAAUGUAAUGACUGAAUUGAAGACGCUACAGCAAAAAAGAAGAGCAGAAAAAGAAAAGAAAAACUGAGACGUGAUGGUCAAGAUGGGUUCUGAAAAAUAUGUGGCAUUCAUGGUGGAUAAUCAGCCGAACAUGAGUGCCCACUGCAACACUGACCAAAAGGACUAUUGCAAUCCUGGAGAAUCUCAAGUAAGAGUAGGAAGGCUGCUUUACCUCUGUAUCUGGCACUGGUGCAACCACUGCUGGCAUACUGUAUCCAGUUCCGGUGUCCACAGUUCAAGAAGACUAUUGAUAUAUUGGAAAGGGUUCACAGGAAAGCCACAAGAAUGAUUUAAAGGAUUAGAAAACAUGCUUUAUAAUGACUGAGCUCUUUAGGUGGGAUACCCAAAAGGGACUUAGACAUUUGCAACAUAGCAUCACAAUGCCUAACUGCUAGGCAACAGGAGCAGCGGGACCCACAAAGCUAAGAUAGUCAUUUAAGCUUCCUAUAUAAUGCAUGGGAAGAGCUAGGCACCUAAGAAUGCGAUCUUCAAAGCCAGCACACUAGGCAGGGAGUCGCCUAAGCUAGCAAUGGCAAAUGCUGACCAGAGUGGUAUGUCCUAAGACCCGUCUGUCUGUCGGAGAUAGUGCCUAUCUUUGCUUAGCAAGCUGUGACUGGAAACCUCUCUGGAAUCGUGGCUUAGGAGUCUAAGGCACUUCUUGCAGAAAUGAGUUAGAGGCCUCUGUUGCUCCAUACAAAGUGAGGCGCUGCCCACUUGACAAUUUUUAGCACAGUGGAGAAAGCACUCACCUUGGAUGGGGGAGAGCCAGGUUCAAUUCCCGUCUCUGCCAAUGAGGGAAAAGAUUUGAACAGGUGGUUUCCCACACCUCAAGAAGGUGCUAUAAUCCAUUAGCUAUGGGAUAUUGUGAUGUGGGUCUCUCUCAAUCUCAUAAGAUGUUCCACGAGGAUCCGUGAUGAUUGAUUGGAGCAGGGUGACUAGGUGCAGGAUUUUCCACUUCCUAGGUGGGUGCUCUAAUCACAGUGCUACUGUCAUAUUCUCUGUCACCCAAUGACUGUUCCACUGUGGCUAAAAACCUAGUCAUUGGGCCAAAGACGAAUGCAGUAUGACUGAAAAGAUGAUCUGAUACAGACUUCCAAAGAACAUAUUAACAUUAAAGGCUGAAUAUUAAUCUGCAUAAGCAGAAUAAUACUAAGAUCCCAAGUUUACACACAUAUAUAAACUUAAGGGGACUACUCAAGUGAUUAAAGUUAACGCCAAUGAGACUACUCAUAUGAGUAAAGUUAAGCAUGUGCAUAAGCUUUUGAGGGAUGUGGGCCCAUGUUUGUAUCACAAGUGUAUUUAGGUUGUGGUAAACAUGUACAGUGAUUUGGCUGCAAAUAAUUUCCUUGAUCCUCUCUACAAUAAGACUGACUAUAGCUGUGUAAAAACGCUUGCCCCACCAGUGGAAAAAAUAGGAUUUUGGGAAAAGAGGUAUUGGUUGUUUUUACUUAUGAAGUCAUAGUAUGGCAAUCUGCCAUUUGCAACAAAUAUUGUUUUAGUGUUGUUAGUGUUGUAAAUGGCUAUAAUUCACCCUUAAUCAAAUUAAUAAGUUUUCACAAUCUGUCCUUUUAAUGUGAGAUAAGGAAAAUGAAAAAUAGUUUUUCUAGAACUGUAUAAAAUUCUCAUGGGAUCGGCUGUUAUAAACAAAACUGCUAUGUCUGAACUUAGACAUACAAGAGAAUUCAUAGAGCAGUUCUCUAAGUUAUAAAUAAAUGUAACAGGGAAAAAAUAAGGACCCCUUCCUGUUUCCAAGCAUCCUGUACUCUAUUUCUCUUUUUAGAUUCUGAUCUUGCAAGCUGAUCAAUGGGGACAGUUCUCUGCACCUUUGUGGAGCUGAACCAAAAUCAGUGAAAUUCGUGCAGGCCCAAGAGUCCACCCACACAGAUCACCUUAUAAGGGCUGGACCCUUCAGCAUCAGGGACAUGUCUGGCUUUGUCUUGUACAGCAAGACAACAAUGUUGGAGCAUAAUAAAUAACAUACUGCAAUACUUAACAGAAUAACAUAUAUGCCAAUACGCAAUCUUUAAGUAAAAAUGACAGUUUUAGCAUUAAGGAAGUUGGACAUCACCAUAAUGCUACAAUAAUUUGCAUACUUUUAAGUGGAUAGAAGCUGGAUGUUUUCUUUGCUAAAAAUCAAUUAAUACAAAAGCACAGUGGCUUUUUUUUCCAAAGUGUGGAUGAUAUGUGCACAUUCAGAGAGAAUAGGUGCCAAAUCAAUAAAGUAGGUUUUUUUUUUUUAAAUUGGAAUCUUCGCUUUGUUCAGCUCCAGGAAACAUUAAAAGACACUUUAGAAUGCUAAGUAUAAUUGAAGCAGCACAUGGUUUUAAGCCUUCUCUGUUAAAAGGUCUCUUAAAGAUAAGUAGCGAUACAUUUAAGAAAAAUAAUUUAGUUGUAUAAAUUAAUGACUGCAAACUGAGCCAAAUGUGAUUUCCAAAUGAAGUAAAAUGUAAAUAACAAGUAUUCCUGCAUUUUUUUCCCCGUGGGAUUAUCAAGCCUUACUUAUGUUGAUUACUUUUCCUUUAGAUAACCUUUUUGUGUAACAUUAUGAAGGAAAUUUUAAGUUUUAGAGUGAGGGAAAUACAUACAAAAACAAUAAAAAAUGUUAUUUCAUUUUUUUUAUAAUUUGAAAAAGUGUUUUUAACCAUAAGAGCAUCCUCUAGAGAAUUAAAUGGAAAGUGACGAUUGUGUUGGUUAUAAUAGGAAUGGAUUUAUGAAGUGAUAGAACAAUAAAUGUAACCUAAAAGCCUACGUGCUGACAAACCUAAAAUAAUUACAUCCUGAAUUCAGACAGUUUUUGCUGGCUUCAGCUUUCUAUAUGUAUAAGUAACUUGGGACUGACUUUAUUUGUGGUGGAAAGCCUGAGUCUACAUGCUUUGCCUGGCAGAUUUCGCCUUCUCAGUGAACCUGGAGCAGCAAAGACACAGCCAAGGAAUAGCUGCUCUACUAACUACUGCAGACUUUGGGCUACAAAAGGGAAUUUAGUCAUUGGAUUCAUGUAACCUGCAGAGACAAGCUACACCUCCAACAUGCCCUGAUCUCUUCUCAGUGCUAUGGGGAGAGUCACUGUGGAAUAAUGCUAAAAGGUGCAUGAGGAGUAUGACGUCCAUCUGUCAUCCUUCCUGUAGCCCAGCUUUCUGUGUAUUUGAAUCAUGGCACUUCUAGUGCAUUAGGUGCUUCUGAAAGGGGGGCAAUUAGGACUGUGCCCUAAAUUUGCUAAAGAACCCUAAAUGUAAUAGAAUUUGAAGUUAACAUCAUUCCAAAUGCAAAACUGGUUAAUGAGGUGAGGUGAAUUUCCCCACAGACACUUUAUGCGGCUCUGUCUGGAAACUUGAAAAGAGGAGGAGGAGAAGAAAACACAAAACGGAGGAGUCAGUUUUUAACAGUGUCAUUCUAUGUAAGAGGACACACUCUCUGGCUUGGAACAGGUUUACUGAAAGUAAUGUGUUUCUUUAAGUUAAAUAAGACAAAAAGUCAAGAUUAUUUUGCCCCCUUUUUAUUUUAAAGUUGAACUAAAUCUGUUAAGAAUAAGGACAUCUACUAGUACUGACAUAGACCCCAAUACAGCGAUCACUUAGGGCUAGAUUUUGAAAGGUAUUCAGAUGCCUAAAGAUGCAGAUUGGUGCCUAAUGGGAUUUUCAAAAGUGUUUAAGCAAGUUAGGCACCUAACUCCCAUUGAUUUCAAUGGGAUUGACCAUUAAGAACAUGCAUAAUUUUAAAACAUGAGUAAUUGAUGGGACUACUCACAUGCAUAAAGUUAUGCAUAGAUUUAAGUGCUUUGCUGGAUCAGGGCCUCAAGUAGCAUACUCAUUUUGAUAAAUUUAUCACAUAUGCAUUUCAGAAAAUGUUCAACAUAGCUUCUGCUAGGGUACUAUAUUAACUUUAAAACUUGGCUUUUUUUUUGUUGUAAAGGAUUGUCAUAUAGAGGAGGAAGGGUUUGGUUUGCCUUUUUUACAUAGGUUUUAAUAGUAUAAAAACAUUGGGGAAAAGUUUGAAGUAAAAAAUAACAUGAAUUUUGGUGAUCAAAAUUACACUGAAGUUUUGGACUCAACCUUUUCCGAUUGCUUGAGCUAUAGCAACUGUUUUUGUUGUUUGUUUUUUUUAAUGAAAGAGGUUAUAUGUUAGGGAUUCAGAUGAUAAAGAACCAAGUUUCUAAUUUAGUGACUUUUUAUUCCUCUCUCAUCAUUUUGAACUGUUUUUAACAUAUAUAUAUUAGUCUUAUGCUUUUUAACGUAAUUGGGGAAAAAUACUUGCAAACACUGUAAUUUUACAGUGUGACUAAAAGCAGUUUGUUAACCAAAGUCUGUAUCUCGGCACAGAAAACGCAGAUACUGUAUGUCUGUGUAUAUAUUUGUAUCCAAGUUAAAUAUUUUUAAAUGCAAAACACCCCAAAAAUCUUGUAUAUGUUCAAAAAAUAAGGGUCAGUUUACAUCCAGUACAGGUGUAAUAUGAGUAGGGAAUACGAUGGUUAAUUAGGAUUUAUGGGGCCCUAUGCAGUUUUAUUAAACUGGUGCCCCUAUUCCUGAUUUGCCCUUAGCAACACAAAUGUAAGCUUACAGUAUUGAAAAACUUGCCACAUGCACUUUAUUAAAACCAGCUUAAACAAGUUAAGCACU